UUUGACAACAACGGGUAAAAGCAGGUAAAAGCGUUAAAAAAAUGGAAUGCACAUUGGACAAGUUGGGGCAAGUGAAAAUGAAGGAAACAAGUGGAUUCUUUGAACUGUUUAAAUUAAAAUGUUACUUUCAAUUUUAUGUAAAUAUGAGUGAAUAAUUACAACGCAAGUGUAGUGAUAAAUUAUUAGGACUAAAUUGAGAACUUUCAAAUCUAAAAUGCCACGCAACUGUGAUGAAGACUCUGGACGCAGUUCCUGUUCGGCCGCAUCCAUCAAUUUCAGUCCCAUCAUGGAAAUGCACAAAUUUGAACCAGCCAACUUAAAAUCAAAAGAGCAAUUCAUUCAAAACGUAGAUCUCAAAGUUAGCACCCAGCCUAGAAACUUUGCUAGUAUAAUAAAAUCUCCAGACGAAAAAGAUCCCUUCCCUAGUUGCAGGCUUCCUAGAAAACAUAGAAAUCCUGUAUUUAGUCUAUUUGACAAUUCCCGAUUAGGUGGCUUAAGUAACGCUCAUUCAACCCUUGACAUAGCUUGCAGUACUCAAAUCGAAAAAUCUAUGCAAGGACAUGCUAUAUCUACAUCAGCAAUAAAUUCAGAUGUCAAAGUUAAUAAACAAUCUACAAAUGCACACUUUAGAAGAGGUAAACCAGUCCAAAGGGCAGCUUCUAGACUUUACAAAGCAGAAAAUUGUAAAGGCAAAGAAGGCUGCAUAGGACCCGAGUUCAUCGUCAGAGCCUCACAACCUGUGAAACAUAUAGAUUUAACAGUUUCAGCUAUUUGUGAUAAGAGAGUUAUAACUGUUGUACUUCUGAAUGGUCAGAGAGUAGAAGUUAUGUGCGACCCUAAUACAGUAACAGCUGGGCAGAUUUUCGAAGCUUUAGUGUCCAGUGAAAAGUAUGAACACAACUUUAUGCUCGGCAUAGCCAUAUUAAUAGGUGGUGACUUUGUUUUUUUACCAGAUGAUUACAAAAUCAAAAAGGUUGCACCUGAAAAGUGGCACAAAAAUAAAAACAAAGCUAAUGAUGAGGAUAUUUCUGUUACUCUUUUUUUGAGAAUCAAGUUUUUCCUACCAAUGAAUGUGGCUAACAAUAUUCAAGGAGGUGAAUGGACGCAUAGAGUGUAUUUGCAGCUUAGAAGGGCGACAGUUGAAGGACAGAUGAUCUCAACAAUACAGAAUCUCAUUUUGUUAGCCGGGUAUGCAUUGCAUAUCGAAUUUGGCGAGUUUUCGUAUAGAGAACAUGGCACAGCAGAUUAUUUUUUACUAGAACACUAUUUACCAGAAUUUCUAAUAACAAAUGAUAUGGCAGAUGUUAAAUUUCGUAUGAAACGUGCCCACGAAACUCGACGUGGGUUAGAUAGGAGCAAAGCAAUUAUAAAUUAUAUUACUUUAGCGCAAACUUUUAGAGAUUAUGGAGCACAUUUUUACUCAGCAGUUUGGGCAACAAGGGAUGGAUUUUGCAGAGAUGUGUGGCUUUCGAUAGGUCCAAGAGGCGUAACCCUUUAUUCAAGGACACAUAACGUUUCAGAAGAAACCAAUAGUGCAAAUCGCAUAGUACUUCAAAGCUUGCCUUGGCAUCAUAUACACACAUUCUAUUACAACAAGAAAAGCCUUUACAUAAUGCCUAAUUCAUACUCUGGCUUAUCAAAGAUUGGGAUCAAAUAUAAACUUAAAAUGCCAGAGAAUAAAAGCUACUUUGCAUUCUGGUUGGCGUCACUACACCAUAGAUUGUACGUAAAACUGUAUGCUAAAGAGGAUUUUAUAAAUUAUUUAUCAAGUGAGUUAAACUGCCCAAUGGCUGAGAAUAACAGUCCUAAUAAAGUGGAAUGUAGCAACUAUCAAGAUAGCUACAACUUGGCUGUUAGAAAUCCAGCUAGAAUUCGAAGACCAAUCAGGAGACGGUUUAGAGUAGAUUUAUUUAGUGAUAAGAAAUCUCAGAAUAAAGAAAACGAAAGGCCUAAUACUGAGGAAUUAUUAAGGCAGAUUUUGUCACCCCUACCAAGUGAAGAGAGUAUGUUAAACUCUCCAAACAAAAUUGGUCAAAGAAGCUCUUCCAAUGAAGGCUUAUCUUCCUCCGAAAGUAGUUUGCCGAGAAGGCAUGGUGUCAAAAUGGGAACUAGAAUGUUCAAUGAAAAAUAUGCUAGAUCACCUAACAAACUUCUAUCAGUGAAGUCUGAUGGUGAUCUGGCUAUGACGCAAAGUGACUCGGAUGAUCUGAGUUCAGAGCAAAGACAGUGCAAUGUAAAUAGUAUGCAACUGUUACCAGAGCGCUCUUACAGCCAAAAUAUGGCGGCGCCAACAGCAUAUGUUUUAGAAUCUCCAAAAGUAUACUCAGAUGUCUUCAAUUAUGACACAGGAAAUGAAUCUUGUGUAAAUACGUCCAUAUUUGAUAGAUUAGACAACAUGGAAUGUGUGCAAGGUGAAAGGGUAUUCGUCACAGCUGUACUAGAAAGGGACAAGACAAAUGCUCUAGGACUACAAGUAGCAGAAGGAUCGGAUGGUAAUGUGUACAUAAAGUCGAUAACGCCUAGCAGUGCGGCAGAUUUGUGUGGAAAACUGUUGCCUGGCGAUCAAAUCAUAUCAGUGAAUGGGCAGACUUUAUUAAAUUUAAAAUACGACAAAGCUUUAAACAUGCUGCAGUCAGCACCACAGAAAGUGGAACUUAUUGUAUUACAGAAUACUACAAAAAAUGCCUUUUCAGACCACGAAAAGGCAUCGAUUUCGCAAGAACUUCAUGGUAGUCAAGUUUUACAGAAUAGCUUAAGACAAAGUAUAGCCAGUGCUCUAGAUGUCGAGAUAAUGGACGAUGAACUUCUGAAUGAAGAAGCAUUGAAAACUAUUUAUGCCCUUAUAAAGUUAACUAAGGACAAAGUUAUAAGUCGAAUGAAAGACAAAUCAAGUCGACAAACUACUCCAAACAGAUCAAACUUACAGAAAUGCUAUUCAGAAAAUAAAGUUUACGAAGAGUCUGAUAUAGGUAAUUAUUCGUCACAGGAAAAUACGCCGCAAAAAAGAAAUUCCCAGAAAUUCAAUACAUGGCGUGAACAACUAGUAAAUAGACCGAAACGCCGACCUUUAAGUUUGAGUAUACCAACAGACGUCAAUGUUCCCGAUGAUUAUUUGAAUGAUAAUAGUUUUAUGAAAAAAACUUCACUUAAAUCCAUUCAGUCUUCAUUGAAUAGUUUGGAUAGUAAAAGUAAUUCGUCCAAAAAUGUCGCGCUACCAAGAAAUUUCGGACUUAGUAGAAGAUGGUUAGGACCUGUAAAAUACCCUGUUACCCCUUGCAAAAACACUAACAAUACCGAAAGUGCAAUCGUUGAUAGCAAUGUUAUAAGAAGACAUUUUGUGUAUGGUACGGGUGAUUCAGAUGAAGAGCAAAUUUUUUUAUAAAUAACUAUUUAAGUAGAUAGAAGAUAUUUUAAGAUACUUUAUGCAUAUGUACUGUUACGUGUAAGAAAUUAUAUAAUUUUAUGUUUAUUGUACAGUUGACCAAUAUUUUAAAAUAAAUAUC